UGUCAGAAUCAUUCAUUCUGUUGGAUGCUGGCGAGACUACUACUCUUUUGUGUGUGUGAGUGUAAGUAUAGGUAUUUUGCUUCUCAAGCAAGAAGGCCAAAAGCCUAGCGGCUAUGGCGGAGCUCGCCUCCUCGCGCGACGCUCGCGGCGCGGCUCAAUCGCGGCGGCCAGCGCUCGGCGGCUGAUCUCUCCUCUGCGAUUCUCGCGCUCCAGGCGCUCUAUCGCGCGGCGUCGGCACAGAUCGAAGGAUAUUUCGGCGCGGCGCGGUGGAAAGACCAGGUUCUUGAGCUGUCUAGGGAGAUAUUGCUAGGGCCGGGGAGGAGAAUUUGGGAGCCGUGGGGAAGGAAUUAUCAGGAUGAUUCACGAGUAGAUAGGACAUGGAGGGUCAUCUAAGUUCCGUCGAGUGCAUGCUCGUCCGAGAGACAAUGUUAAGGCAGGAGAAAAUCUACAGAGAACAGGUCCAAGCACUUCAUUACCUGUACGAGGUGCAGAAAUCAAUGAUGGACGAACUGGGUGCCACAAAUCUUAGCGGCCCAAAUGGGAAUCCUCCUCAGCAUCACCAGUUUUUCCCUCUGAAAGAGGAGCCGACCAAAACAGGAUUCCCGAAAGGCUUUGACCUGGAAAAGCUUCCCGACGAAAAUGUGGAUCAGGAAUUGGAUCUAAAGCCUUGUCCAACAGACGUCAAUUGCGAUUUAGAGCUGUUCUUGCACUGCGGCUCGAUGAAACGACCGAGGCUGGACUAUUCAGACAUGAAAAGUCAUGUGCAAAGUUUCUCCGUCGGCCAAAAAGAAAGGCAGGCGACGUGCUUGCAGAAAAAUCAUCAACAAUGGCUUCUCGAGGGAAUCGGAAACAAUAACCAAGCUUCGGCCUCCGGAUUUUUUCAGCUCCAAAUGCCAAAUGGGUUUGCACAGGCUCCACUUCAUGGUUGGGAAGAUUCAAAAAAUUCUUCUGGACGGUUCGCUAGCACAGGUUUUCCAACGCCAGCAGUAGUCUCAAGCCGAGAGCAGGAUGGUCGAACAGGUUUAUGGUAUGGGCACCAGCAAGCAGGCGGCAUGCAACAAAACAUGCAUGCUACUCCCCAUCCAUGGCAGGUGUCUGGAACAGCAUAUUUUAACGGGCUAGCUGCUUCUCAUUUACCAGUAACGUGGGAUGGGCUCGUAAAUGGUUCAUCUGGUAGCUUGUUUUCGUUGGCUACAAAACGGUACGCAGAUAGCUCACAGCAACAAGCAGAUAGAAAUGGUCAGCUUAAGAACGGGUACGAGAACACCAUGGGUUUGAACUAUUACGUGACGAUCCCUGGUGUGAAAAAGGAUUCAAAUGGCAUAGUUGGAGGAAAUACUUACAGAGAUACGAUAGGCACGAAGGCGGCAUGCAAAGUAGAAACCAUGUUCACAGUCUUUGAAGGACAACAAAACUCCUACUGGGCAAACGCAUCCUCGGCUGGAAACGGGAAUCUCACAGGCAGUCAGGCUCGGCCGCCAGAGAAGGAUAAAGCUGCCGAAGAGAAAAUCAGUGAAGAUGAAGUUGCAAGCCUUGCAGCUUCAAUUCUACUCAGCCUCACGCUGGACAAGACACCCUGCAACCGGAAGGAAUCCAGUCCCUCGCUGAAGGACUCCGUUGCGUGGUUUGCGGACGCCAUACCAGCUGAAGCCGGCGUUGGAAUGGACGUAGAAGAAGACGGCGGAGGAAGCUCUCCAGAGAUCGAUCACUUCGAAUGCGCCACACUCCAACUUAAAGCCAUCGACGAGUCGGAGCACGUACCAGUGAGCCGAGUGGAACAGGAACCGGUGGCCAGAAGCGGACACAACACCAAACCUUCCACCACCAGCACGGGAAGGCCAACGAGAUCGAGCAAGAAGCAGCGGGACUUUCGAAACGACACGCUGCCGAGCAUCACGUCGCUGUCGAGGCAGGAGAUCACGGAGGACUGGCAGAUCAUGAGCGGGUUGCUGCGGUCCAGCGACGGCGCCACCAGCGCUGGUGGUGGCUCGCGGGUGGAUCCGUCGACCAACGCUAGCCGGCGGAGUGGAAAGUUUUGCAACAUCUCACGCUUGGAAGGCUCCUCCAACUCGAGGAUGACGAGCCCAGUGUCGACGCUGGAUCACUACUCUAGUCCCAGCAAGGCGUCCCGACGAUCCUCGAGCGUGCCACCCGCGGCGGCGGCGGCGGCGGCGAGUCCUGGCGGCGGUGGAGCGGCGCUGCCGUGGCUGGUCAGGUGGGGGGAGACCCGGAGGAAACGAAAGCAGAGGCAGCGGAGUGCCACUCCCAUGUCCCAAAAGUUGAAGCUCUUCGCGUCAAGCUCCAGAACCAGGAGGUAGAAGUCUUCCAUGUACAUACAUUGACGCCAUAUUCUUUCUGUUCAUAGCCAGUUCUUUUCCCGAAGUUCCUGGAGGAAGAGGAACGUUUAGAGACAAGGCAAAGAGAUUUUCUCGCAAGAGAAAAUGCUACAAAGUAUUUUUUAAAUUUUUUUUUCUUAAGCUCUGGAAUGGAAGAAUCCAAGGAUGAUUUCGCAAA